ACUAUCGGGACCCUGCAGACGAACCGAACCUUCAAAAUAUCAUCACCGUCAGAGCUCAAGGCUUUGCGCCAUUCUUUCAGUCUAGAUAACCAAUUCUGUCCGAUCCGACUUGCGCGCUCACAAUGAUUUCUCCAACAUUGCGACUGCUUCGGUGCCAGCCAUCCUCACUGGGUCGCAACCGCUUCCGCGUGGUGGGUCUCUAAUUAUCGUGUCACGUCACCGACAUCAGGGUCUCCAGAAAUUUUGUUCCAGCACCAGCAUCGCGAAGACGCGUUUCUCGCUUUUCAGCUUCUGAUUACAUCCGACAAGAACACAGUUCUGGUCAAUUAAAGUCGCUGGCCUAGCGACGAGUCUAUUUCGUACCGUUUGCGAUUUAAUUAGCGACACCUUUCGCCUCCUGCUGCCUAGGACCAUUUUGCCAACCAUGGCCGAAGCACGCGGCGAACCACCAGAACCCAUUGCGAACGGUGCACAAGAGAACCCCGAGGCGGAUGCUACAACAACGCAAGGUGCACAACCGAACGAGGAGAAGCAAGAUGAAGAGAUGGAACCUCUGAAAUUAUUGUGCGGUGUCUGUGAAACAGAGACACCAAAGUACAAGUGUCCACGAUGCUACCUUCCCUACUGCUCCGUCGCUUGUAACAAGGUCCACCGCGAAGUACACGCUGGAGAACCCGUCACAGCACCGCCGCCUCCGAAACCAGCGCCCACACCCGAGGCCGCAGACGACAGUGCAAUGCGAGGUCGCAAGUUCCGGCAUCCGUGGCAGACACUGCAGCACUCGGAAGAGCUCCAAUGGCUCUUUAGGAAAUACCCGCGCCUUCCCAGCCAGCUGCUGGAGAUCCACGCAGCAACACAGCCACCGCCCGUACAGAAGCCCAAGAUCCCCGCGUCACUCCUCAAGGAUCUUCCACCGCAAGACCUGAGUAAUGGAUGGGAUAAAGACAAAGGCAUUGAACGCGGCAAAGAGGCUCUGCGAAAAGCCAGGAAAGCAGACGGCGAGGAUGGCGAGGCCCUCCGGGAGUACUCGGAGCUCGUCUUACAUUUCAUGGAGGAGGCACGGGAGCGCAAGGGGCCUUAGGAUCGGUCUACCGACCGUCCUCGCCUUCCCACGCG